AUUCGUAAACGAAGAGAUGAAGGUGCACCCUAGCAGUCCUUCGGCCAGUGAGGGCAGUCUUAUACCCGUGAAGAACCGUGCACGUGCGAAUAUUAUUGCUGACAUAGCGCAAACAGCUCCGCAAGUGCAGCCGCCAGCCCGAGCGAAAGCUCCUUCGCCCGCUGAUUUCCCCAGUAACUAUAGCAUGAUGAUGUAAAUAAACCAAUAGUUGAUAUUUAUUGAC